GGUGAAGUUCCAGCCAUCCCUCUGGCCUUGGGAUUCAGUGAGGAACAACUUAAGAAGCGCCUUGACUGAGAUGUGUGUGCUGUACGAUGUGCUCAGCAUUGUGAAGGAUAAAAAGUUCAUGACUCUAGAUCCAGUGGGGCAGGAUCCCCUUCCUCCAAAGCAGAAUCCUCAGUUUCUCCAGUUGAUUUCAAAAAAGAAGUCAUUAGCUGGAGCAGCUCAAAUCCUGUUGAAAGGUGCAGAAAGAUUAUCCAAAUCAGUUGCAGAAAACCAGGAAAAUAAGCGACAAAGAGACUUCAACUCUGAACUGCUAAGACUGAGGCAACACUGGAAGCUGAGAAAAGUGGGAGACAAAAUUCUUGGUGAUCUGAGCUACAGAAGUGCAGGUUCCCUUUUUCUUCACCAUGGCACAUUCGAGGUGAUAAAGAACACUGACAUUGACCUGGAUAAAAAGAUACCUGAGGAUUACUGUCCCUUGGAUGUUCAAAUUCCAAGUGAUUUAGAGGGAUCAGCCUAUAUCAAGGUUUCUAUUCAGAAACAAGCUCCAGACAUUGGUGACCUUGGGACAGUCAAUCUUUUUAAAAGACCCAUGCCAAAAUCAAAACCAGGUUCUCCACACUGGCAGACAAAGUUGGAGACUGCACAGAAUGUUCUUUUAUGUAAAGAAAUUUUUGCCCAGCUGUCACGGGAAGCUGUGCAAAUUAAAUCACAAAUUCCUCAUAUUGUUGUGAAAAAUCAGAUAAUCUCCCAGCCUUUCCCAGGUUUGCAGUUGUCGAUUUCUCUGUGUCACUCUUCCAAUGACAAAAAAUCGCAGAAGUCUGCUUCUGAAAAACAGAAUCCAGAGGAUCAUCUCUAUGUUCUGGAACAUAAUUUGCAUCAACUUAUCAGAGAGUGUCACAAGCAAACCCUGAGCUCAACAGUGAUGCCACAUCCAGCUAGUGCGCCUUUUGGGCAUAAGAGAAUGAGACUUGCAGGACCCCAGGCUUUUGAUAAAAAUGAUAUCAGUUCUUUACAGUCAAAUGAAGGACUUCUGGAAAAGAUAAUAAAGCAGGCAAAACACAUCUUUUUGAGACGCAGAACUGCUCGAACCAUUGACAGUCUGGCUAGUCGUAUUGAGGAUCCUCAGAUUCAGGCCCACUGGUCCAAUAUAAAUGAUGUUUAUGAAUCCAGUGUUAAAGUUCUAAUAACUUCUCAAGGAUACGAACAGAUAUGCAAAUCCAUUCAGCUACAGCUGAACAUCGGAGUUGAACAGAUCAGAGUUGUGCAUAGAGAUGGAAGAGUUAUUACGUUGUCCCAUCAAGAGCAAGAACUGCAGGAUUUCCUUUUAUCCCAGAUGUCACAGCACCAAGUACAUGCAGUUCAGCAGCUUGCGAAAGUUAUGGGAUGGCACGUGCUGAGUUUCAGUAAUCAUGUUGGUCUGGGGCCGGUGGAGAGUAUUGGCAACGCAUCAGCAAUAACUGUAGCAUCACCAAAUGGAGACUAUGCCAUUUCAGUACGUAAUGGUCCAGAAAGUGGCAGCAAAGUUAUGGUCCAGUUUCCACGGAGUCAGUGCAAGGACCUCCCCAAAGGUGACGUACUGCAAGACAACAAGUGGAAUCAUCUUCGAGGGCCGUUCAAGGAAGUGCAGUGGAAUAAAAUGGAAGGCCGUAACUUUGUGUAUAAAAUGGAACUCCUCAUGGCCGCCCUAACUCCGUGCUAGUGAUCCGUCAGCCUCUCCGUGGGGGCUUUGAGUCACCGCUGUGCUGCACGUGAUCACUGCCCGUGCAGCAAAGGGAAAUGGAACCCAUGGGGCAAUGCAAGAAAGUAAAACCGAAUUUAUUUCCUGUACAGAUACCUCCAUUGUAGUGUUUGUAAUAAAAGUUUUUUCAAUGGCAUGUAGAAUACAACUUUUUGAAAAAGUUCCUUCCAGCUGUACCUUUGCAGAUUGCUCCCUCUGGAGUAAGAUAGCUGAGCAAUUAAUGUAUUUUUCUGUCAUAAAAUUACAUUCAGUAGUCCUUUGCUACAUGAGAGGGGUCUGCUCAGAGUCAGUCCCUUUCCCCUCGUGCCUCUACUUUUUCUCGGUAGAUCUUUGCAAGUAUUUCUGAGAGGUGAAAAUUACUAGAUAGAUUUGUGCUAUUGAUAAGCCUUUUUGUGGCUUAUACCCCAGGGAAUGGCUAUCCUUG